CAUUGCUGUCGAGAGGCGAAUUAUAGACACACAAGACUCUGCUUCCAGGAGGAGAACCCAAGGGUGACGGCCAUGAAGAAAUCCCUGGCGCUGCUUUUCACACUUGUCAUCCUGUGGAUGGAGGACGCAGGUGCUGAAAGAUCGGAUGGAUUUCACCUAAAGGGAAGAACAAAGCGUCAAAUUCCAAAAACUGUGACGGUCACCACCAUUCUGGAACAGCCCUUUGCUAUGAUGACGGACUCGGGUGAAUUAGAAGGAUACUGUGUGGAUCUUCUGUCUGAACUUUCUGAAGCUUUGAAGUUUAAUUACACAUUACAUGUUGUGAAAGACAGCCGGUACGGUAUAAAGGACCAAAAUGGAGAUUGGAAUGGAAUGGUUGGAGAGGUUAUUAGAAAGGAAGCAGACUUGGCAGUGGCUCCCUUGACCAUCACUGCAGUACGAGAGAAUGUGAUCUCUCUCACCAAACCCUUUAUGCAGACAGGGAUUGGCAUACUACUGAAGAAAGAGUCAUCUUCUGAGGGAUCUUACCUUUUUGGUUUCCUGAAUCCUUUCAGCAAAGAAUUGUGGAUAGGAAUCAUAAUCUCCUAUGUCAUCACCAGCCUGUGCCUGUACCUGGUAGGAAGGUUAAGUCCAUAUGAAUGGGCUGAACCCUCCAAUGAGCAGAAUCAGUACACUCUACUGAACAGCCUUUGGUUUGGCAUGGGGGCAUUUACACUGCAAGGUGUGGAGCCUCAGCCAAAGUCGGUGUCUGCCAGAAUCAUUGCCGUUAUCUGGUGGAUCUUCUCCAUUACUCUGCUCGCUGCCUAUAUAGCCAGUUUCGCAUCAUACGUAAAUAACACCAAAGGGCAAACUCCAAACAUUCAGACAUUUCAUGAUUUGCUGAAGCAGGAUAAAGUUGAAUUUGGGACAAUGGCCAACUCCUCCACUUUCAAUUUCUUCAAGAAUUCGAAGAACCCAACCUUUCGGAUGAUUUAUGAGUACAUGGAUAAACGAAAAGACCGGGUCCUCGUCAAGUCUUUUUCUGAAGGAAUACAAAGAGUGAGAACGUCAAACUACGCCUUCUUGGGAGAGUCCAGCAGCCAAGACUUUGCUGUGGCCAAACAUUGCGAUCUUGUUCGUGCCCCGGAAAUCAUUGGAGGCAGAGGUUACGGCAUCGCAGCCUCAUUAGACUCGCCUCUCAUCAAACCUCUCACAAUCACCAUCCUGGAACAAUUUGAAUCUGGCAAUCUGGAAUAUCUACGUCAGAAGUGGUGGGAAACAACGUGCGCAGCAACACAAGGGCAGGAUGGCUGGGUGCCCGUCCAACCCCAUACCCUGGGCGGAAUCUUCCUCAUUCUGGGAAUUGGUCUGGCUCUGGGACUGAUCGUCUCAUUCAUUGAGUUGGUGUGUAAAUCAAAGUGCAAGGCGGGCCAACAGCAGAAAUCCUGCUGCUCUGCCUUCUCAGAAGAACUGGGUCAGCGCUUUGGAAAAACAGAAAAUCAGGAGAGUCUGGAAAAGGUGCAACCAUGAGAUUACUG